UGCAUAGCCUAGCCACUUUUUCUUAAAGUAACUUAUCGAGGCCGGAAUUCUUUCCUGGGAUCGCAUCCCUAGAGGGCGUCCUAUCUUGCCAUUUUGCUGUCGCAGUGAUUGAGCGAUAGAAAACGGAAUGUCAAAAGGCCAGUCGAAGCAAAGAAACAUCUCAAUAAACCUUUCCAGUCAAAGCACUGAAAGAAUGCGGCAGGUGCCCCGGAAGCGGAAGUGUAUCCUUUUCAUGAAAGGCUGGACUUCGCUGAGUGGUGACGUUUCCUCAUUGGGCGGAAGGUUCGGUGGCAAUCGUCGGUCUUCCAGCUGGUGGGAGUUGGCGUCGCGGUGCUGGGCACUGGAGCCCUAGUUUGUAUAGUUUGGGAAGUCGGGCUGUGGGGUCGCACCUGUCUGUCUGAUCCCUGCUUUCCUUGGUUUCCUCCCACGGCGCAGGGGCCUCGCGAAAGAAUCGCCGGCCCCUUUGGGCCACAGCGGUAGCGGUGCUUUUUGCUAUUUUCUUGUAAUCACAUCUUAAAACCUUCAAGAUGGUACUAGCAGACCUUGGAAGAAAAAUAACAUCAGCAUUACGCUCAUUGAGCAAUGCCACCAUUAUCAAUGAAGAGGUACUAAAUGCUAUGCUAAAAGAAGUAUGUACAGCAUUAUUGGAAGCAGAUGUUAAUAUUAAACUAGUGAAGCAACUAAGAGAAAAUGUUAAGUCUGCUAUUGAUCUUGAAGAGAUGGCAUCUGGUCUUAACAAAAGAAAAAUGAUUCAGCACGCUGUAUUUAAAGAACUUGUGAAGCUUGUAGAUCCUGGAGUUAAAGCAUGGACACCCACUAAAGGAAAACAGAAUGUGAUCAUGUUUGUUGGAUUGCAGGGGAGUGGUAAAACAACAACAUGUUCAAAGUUAGCAUAUUAUUACCAGAGGAAAGGUUGGAAGACCUGUUUGAUAUGUGCAGACACAUUCAGAGCAGGAGCUUUUGACCAACUAAAACAGAAUGCUACCAAAGCAAGAAUUCCAUUCUAUGGAAGCUAUACAGAAAUGGAUCCUGUUAUCAUUGCCUCUGAAGGAGUGGAGAAAUUCAAAAAUGAAAAUUUUGAAAUUAUUAUUGUUGAUACAAGUGGCCGCCAUAAACAGGAAGACUCUUUGUUUGAAGAAAUGCUUCAAGUUGCUAAUGCUAUACAACCCGAUAACAUUGUUUAUGUGAUGGAUGCCUCCAUUGGGCAGGCUUGUGAAGCCCAGGCAAAGGCUUUUAAAGAUAAAGUAGAUGUAGCCUCCGUCAUAGUGACAAAACUUGAUGGCCACGCAAAAGGAGGUGGUGCGCUCAGUGCAGUUGCCGCCACAAAAAGUCCAAUUAUUUUCAUUGGUACAGGGGAACACAUAGAUGACUUUGAACCUUUCAAAACACAGCCUUUCAUCAGCAAGCUUCUUGGCAUGGGCGACAUUGAAGGACUGAUAGAUAAAGUCAAUGAGUUGAAGUUGGAUGACAAUGAAGCACUUAUAGAGAAGUUGAAACAUGGUCAGUUUACAUUGCGAGACAUGUAUGAACAAUUUCAAAAUAUCAUGAAAAUGGGCCCCUUCAGUCAGAUCUUGGGGAUGAUCCCUGGUUUUGGAACAGACUUUAUGAGCAAAGGAAAUGAACAGGAGUCAAUGGCAAGGCUAAAGAAAUUAAUGACGAUAAUGGAUAGUAUGAAUGACCAAGAACUUGACAGUACUGAUGGUGCCAAGGUUUUUAGUAAGCAACCUGGAAGAAUCCAAAGAGUAGCAAGAGGAUCAGGUGUGUCAACAAGAGAUGUUCAAGAACUUUUGACACAAUAUACCAAAUUUGCACAGAUGGUAAAAAAGAUGGGAGGUAUCAAAGGACUUUUCAAAGGUGGUGACAUGUCUAAGAAUGUGAGUCAGUCGCAGAUGGCAAAACUGAAUCAACAAAUGGCCAAAAUGAUGGAUCCAAGAGUUCUUCAUCACAUGGUGUGUGACUUUCUUGGAGAGAAGAUUGCAUCUGUUUUGGGCAUCAGCACCCCAAAAUACCAAUAUGCCAUUGAUGAGUAUUACCGGAUGAAAAAGGAGGAAGAAGAAGAAGAAGAAGAAAACAGGAUGCCUGAAGAAGCAGAAAGACAAUACCAGCAGAAUAAACUGCAGGCUGAUUCCAUUGUCCAGAGGGAUCAACCAGAAACAGUGGUAUCCAGUUCAUUUGUGAAUCUCAAUUUUGAAAUGGAGGGAGACUGUGAAAUAAUUAUGGAAAGCAAACAAAAUCCAGUCUCUGUCCCGCCAUAGAAUGACUAUCAAACUUCAAACUUUAGGGUUUUUGUAAUACCAGGAACUUUCACAUUCUUUAUUCAGUGGGACUUAAUACAAUUAUUUAUAUUUUAAAUUAUUAUCUGGAAAGGGAAAAAUGUUUCUUCAUUCUUAGGCUCUAUCUAGCAAAAGCCAGAUCUGAAAUUUGAUAUUUGUACUGUGCUUUUACUGUGUGUCACAUUAGUGCUUUGGUUUUAAAAUGUUCUUUAAAGAAAUUAAGGACAUUCUAGAGCCCUAAUUGCCAAUUAAGCGUUAAAUUAUCAAGCUUGUCUGUUAUUGGUGUUUUAAGAAAAAAAUAGUUAAAUUACUAAGACUAAUUGGAGCUGAUCUUCCUAGUCUCAGAUUAAAAUGAGGAUUUUCCCCCCUUAGAUUUUCUCAUGUUGUUUUACAUUUAUAUAUCUAACCAUUACAUUAAUUUCAUACUAAGGAUGGUUCACUGAGUGUGUAAUAAAAGGAGCAAGACAAAAGCACUUUGAUUUUUCUUUCCUUGAGAAUAUUUUAUGAAAAGCUGGUUAAGUUGAUAACAACACCAAUUCUAAGAUGGGUUUCCAUUUUUUAAUGCAGGUUACUUAAUCUUACAUUCUUUUUCAGCAGUUAUUCAAAUUAAAUAACUAGCUUUGAACAUAACAUUAAAAACACUAGUUAUGGGAUGUAUUUAUUAAUGUAUUUGUAUUCAAGGGGUAACAUCUAGUGAUUAUCCACAUGGCAUCCUGGUUUUGUCACUCUGGGCCCUGAGUGUUUCCUGUGGGCCAAGUAGUUGGAGGGAGGAGGGUGGGCUGAGGGGCAGAUGAAGACUGGAGCCUUCAGAGGCUUACUGUUGAAUAUCGUACAAGGUGCCCCGGUAGCAUAGUGAAGUCAGCAGUCAUUCUCUUCUUUGAAGUUAACAACGGUAAAGUGGACAGUUUACUUAACCCGGGUUUGGUCAGCUCUCUGGAGCCCACUGUGCUAUUGGCAACAUUUACCCAAGUAUAAUAUGAAACUAAUUUUGAAAAUACUCGUAAAUAUGCGCUCAUAAUCUUAUGAGAGCUCUGUAUGAUUUUGAUUAAACUAAAUGUGGUUAAGGAAGAAUGUACGGAGUAUUUCAGAAAUGCUGCUCUUAAAAGCCUAUUCACAGACUUAGAGCUUUCACAGAUUAAUCGUUCUAAACAGCAUUAAGCUGUCAAUCUUAAGUAUUUUUAUAUAAAAUACGGCUUCAAAGAAACUCCUAACAUAGGUACAGCGGAGCUGUUAUGGAAAUCUGUUAUCAGUAUGAACAUCUGGCCACUAAGUUCUUCAAAUGAAAUUUGAAGGAUUUGGAAAAGAUAAUUUUUCACUCGGAAUCUUCAGUUACAUGGAUUUGUCAUAUGGUAGUUAUUCAUGGUAUGUGAUGGUGAUUUUUGGUUAUGGUUGUAAACUCUUUAAUUUAGUACUUAAAGGAUUAAUCUUCAGAUCAUGUAAUUAAUGUCACCCUAAAUUAUAGUUUACCAGUAGCUCUAAAACAUGCUAACCCGACCUCUUCCCUCUAAUUUGUUUUUAAUUUCAUUUGAGAUAGGACCUCCAACUCAGAUAUUUAUUGGGUUAUCCAGGGAAGGCAUGCAUAUCUAAUGAUGAUCUGAAUCUUUUCUCCCUAGAGGCACUAGAUCUGAAAGCUUACCUAGAAACUUUUCUGAUUGUAGAAGGAAGAUUAUGAAAGUUUUGUUUCUUAAAUUUCACUUUCUCUAAUUGUCCAACAGUGGCCAGUUUGAAAUGUUUAUAUAGUUAUUCACUGUGCCUUAAAUCUUUAUACUUUAUGCAAACUAUAAAAUUUCCCAAAAAUGAAUUAAAUGGUUUUGUCUUA